ACAGAGCAAGCUUUUUACUGCCCCUGCCCCUCAGACUUUCUGCACCUGAAGAGCGAAGACUGAGAAAUGAAGGCAGGCCUGGGCAAUACUUGACCCAUUGGAUUGCGCUGGGGACGGGGAGCAGGUGAAAACAUUGUCGUGAGACUCUCUACCACCACCCAGACCUCCCCCCCCCCACCACACCCCACCAGCGAAACCAAGUCCACCUGGCUUUGAAUAUUUGUGUCUGUCCGAACACUUCAGAAAGCCAGCAGGAAUUGUAAGUGCGUCAGUGGGAGAGAGCAGCGGGAGGAAAGCUACUUUUCACCCAGACCAGGCGAGAAGUGGUCCUGAUGUUGCCCGUCGAUUCUCCAGGGAGGCGGGCGGUGUAAGAACUGCAGCCCGUCUAGAGGGGGAGACAGUCCUGGACUGCUCUCUCAGAGAGAGACAGAGGCAGGGAGAGGGAGGGAAACAGGUUGUGGAUCUGCCUGUCAGCGUCUGUGUGAGGCACGGAGAGAUGGCUUUCACCUUCGCCGCUUUCUGCUACAUGUUGACGCUGGUCCUCUGCGCCUCUCUGAUCUUUUUCGUGAUCUGGCAUAUCAUUGCUUUCGAUGAACUGAGGACUGACUUUAAGAACCCCAUUGACCAGUGUAAUCCCAUCCGUGCAAGAGAGAGGUUGCGGAACAUUGAGAGAAUUUGCAGCCUGCUGAGGAAGCUGGUGCUUCCGGAAUAUUCCAUCCACGGCCUGUUCUGUGUAAUGUUCAUGUGUGCAGGGGAGUGGGUGACUCUCGGAUUGAACAUUCCCUUGCUGUUCUAUCAUCUCUGGAGAUACUUCCACCGUCCAGCUGAUGGCUCUGAGUUGCUGUAUGACCCAGCCUCAGUAAUGAGUGCCGAGAUCCUGAACUACUACCAGAAGGAAUCGUGGUGCAAACUGUGCUUCUAUCUCAUCUCCUUCUUCUACUACCUGUACAGUAUGGUGUACACUUUGGUAAUGUUCUAGUCACCGCCGCCCCUCCCCUGCCACAGCUCGGCUGUUUCGCGGUGGUGCUGUUUUCUGUGGGUUGGGGGGGGGAGCGUGAGGGCAUUGGGGCAGGGGAAAAGGUAAGGGGGAGGGAACUGCUGACGACACGGACGCUACAGUCGAGAAAAAGUGAUCAAGAGGGGGGAUGGCGCGUCUGCGGCCGCCGAACGCCAGUCUCUGCAGGGCAGAACGGACUGGAUGCUGCUGGAACUGCAGGAGUAAAACUGUUUUCUCUGCCUCCCCCCCACCACCGCCACCCGCUAUUCCCGCCUGCGCGCAUCGCCAACAUAUCCACUGGAGCCGGCCUGCCUCUUCGGAAAUCUGCUGCUACUUUAUACCCGAACUCCAGGACAGAGCCUGGGAAAAGGGCUGACUGACAGACACUGAGGGCGACAACAGAAAUGGCCAGGCCCGUGGCCUGUGUCUCGAUUUGAAACUCCACUACCAGACCCUGUGGCCAGCAACUGGAUCAACUAAUCAGUGGUAAAUGUGUUGUAAAUUUAACCGCUCAUCGUUCUUUCUCCUCUUCUUUGAUCUGAAAAUGUGAAUGUGUGUCUGACUUAUUUCUCACUUUGCCCCAAAGGCCUCGUGACUUUGGAGUUGGGCCUAGCGGCUCAAGCCUGGGAAGAGGCCUCGGCUCCUGGGUUUUUAAAGCCAGGCAUGUGGUGAGGGGUGGAGGCGUGACAUAAGAGUUGGAGGAUAGACCCAUCCUCAGACAGAGAGAGGGAGCAACAGGGGAUUGGGGGCAUGCCAUGACGCUGGGCUCUGUGAGGUACGGGAACUCCCAGGUCUGACUUUGGGGCCUGGUACAGCCAUUUCCUGGCCCCAUCCUGUGCGGUAUUUGCUCUUUCCAGCAGCAGGUUCCUUCUGUGCUCAGAAUUCCCAAACUGGAUGUGCCAAUCAGCAGUGGGAGUCGGCCAUUUGGCCCCUUGGGUUCCUGCGCAGCCCUUUGAAUAACUCUCGGUUAUCAAGGGUGAUGAGGAAAUGUUUUGGAGGCAAAAGGAUGGAGAUGGAGCCCUUAGAAUCCCCCUAGUCAAGAGGGUCCUGCCAAAUACAAAACAGGGUGAAGAGCCUGCCCAAACUCCGGUUGACCCUUCCCUUCCGAUGCCACCUCCCUCCAUGAUCAAACAAUCCAUCUUAUCCGUCCACCCCCUUCCUUUAAUUGACCCUUCACCUCCCAGUGAUCUUUCCUACUUUAACUUCACCAGCCCCAAAGUUUCUUUAUCUCCUGGGUGUUUGGGGAUGACCCUUCACAUGAGGCUGUGUGUGGAAUGUACAGCACAGAUACAGGUCAUUUAGCCGUGAGUAGUCAAUGCUGCACUGAUAAUCCUCAGGAAGCCCCAUCGUCCCAGCAGUCUCUCUCGCUCUCUUGUCUUUGUCUCUCUCUUUCUAUCUCUCUCUACCUCUCUCUCUCACAUCCCUCCACAGAACCAAAGCAACAAAUGUUCUGCAUCUGCACCCUCUGGCAGUGUGAUAUUCUGAGAGGAGAGAGAUGGGGGUGAGAACCCUCAUGGGCAGUGAGUUCACGCUCACUAUGGAAGAGAGAAAGUCCUUUCUCACAUCCCCUUCCCCUGCCCCAUUUCCCAAAACCUACAACCUGUACACGCCAUCCUUGUAUAAUCAACUAAUGGGAGCCAGCUUCUCUUUCCCAACCUUAUCUGAUCCUGUCGUCAUGGUGACUACCGCAACCAAAUCUUCCUCCACCCCACCUCUUUUGCUUCAAAGAGAAUGCCCCCCUCCCCCGCCCCGGUUCUCCGAUCUCCUUCAGUCUUACGGAGGAAGAUCCCAGCCUUUCUGACCUAAAAGGAUUGAGGCUAUUCAGACGGGAGUUCUAGGAGGUUAGCCACAGAGAUUAAAGACCUCGAUGGCAGCCAUCUUUGGGUUGCCCUGCGACCUGGACACUGAUAGGAAAUGAAAAAUUUCACGACCUAGUGGACCAAUGGCACAGGAGGGAGAGUCUGAUAUUUCCCUGGGGCUUUUUCUUUGGAGGGCCAAGUUCUGCGAUAUGAGGCACCUGUCCAAGGCAGGGACAGAGAUCACAACAGGCCCAAUUCCCAUAGGUCAGUUAGCGACCCAGAGGUUUGAUCUUCCCACUCUGUAACUUACUGCCAAGCUCCAAAGCCUCUAGCCACCAGAGCUUAACACAUUUUCUCCCCCCUCCUAGUGGCAGUGGUGUCCAUUUGGGGCAACUGCGGGAACAGGACAACAGAUUAGUGGACCUUAGUUUCAUCAAAAAGACAGCAGAAACAUUGGUGAAGUGAACACCUUAACCCCCUGCAUUGGCAGAUACCCAGCAGAGGGAUGCAGACAGCUUUAAGAGCAGGACACACUUAGGCACUCUCUGCUGUGUUUGGACCCCUCUCUCUGACUUAGCUUUCACUCUGCCUGGCAUGCUGAUGCCACUGGCAACAAUGUCAUUAUCGCAUCCCACCCCUGCCCUUCUGCUCCCAACUUCUAGAAGUUUCCAAUCAGGGAGCAUUGCCAAGGAUGAAUCCUCUUUUUGUCGGGUCCAGGAGAUUUCCAUAAGAAAAUCCAGUCGUCGUUGUUCAGAGGUGAAGCUCCCUUGCUUCAGUUGGGGCUAAAGAUGGCGGUUGCUCCUACCCACAGUGCUUUGGGUUGGUGAAUCUGCUCUAUUAGGUGCCAUUAUAACAACAGUAACUAUUGAGGGAAUGGUAGAAGCUGGGGCGGGGGGGGGGACAUAGCCACACUUCACUUGAUCUGCUGAUUGAGAACAGGAAUCCAUUGUGAAAAAAAUCCAGGACAACUUUCCCUAAGGUUUAUUUUUUCUUAUCUUUGCCCAUUGAUUGGUGACACCAUUAGGAUGGGUAGGUUUAUGCUGACAGCCUCAGGAGGGUAAUGAUGUGACCAUUUCUGUGCUCAUUUACAUUAUAUGGUAUGUUGAAAACUGGCUCCAGACAGAAACUCUCACAGGGAAGGGUUAGUCUGAGGGAGAGGGUGGACUGGGUCAUCCCAUGGAGAGAUACAUCCCAUGGAGAGACUCCCUCUUUCACAGGGGUCCCUGGUGCAGAGACUCCUUCCUUAACAGGGACCCUGAUGGACAGACUCCCUUUUUAACAGGGGUCCCUGGUGCAGAGACUCCCUCCUUCACAGGGACCCUGAUGGAGAGACUCCCUCUUUAACAGGGGUCCCUGGUGCAGAGACUCCCUCUUUAAAAGGGACCCUGAUGGACAGACUCCCUCUUUAACAAGGUCCCACCAAAACCCUCCCCACCACCAACAGUUUGAAAGUACCAGAAACAGUCCCAGUAAUCUAGGCAUAUGAGCCCCAAAGAAACACAGCGUUGGACUGGGAGCAUUGAGGAAGAUGGCAGGGUUCUGAAAGACUAAUAGGUUGCUCUUGCCCACCCAUCCCUGGGAGGGUAAAGGCAUGUGGCAGGGUCAGCCUGGUCACCAACCCUCAACAGCCGACUGGCCAAAUCCCAGACGGGUUAAAUUCCAUUUCCCUCCCUAGAGUUGAUCCCAGGCCAGGGCAGAGUUAAAGGUCAAUGGGGACCUUGGCUGGAGAUUGAGUGAUGUAUUUUGUUUUUGCACAGAAUUGCGUGUGCUCUCCUGAAUAAAUUGUAGCUUCAAAGGUUUGUCCCCUGACCGCGUGGAUUUUGUAUUGGUGAAGUAAGGACUUCACCCAGCU